AUGGACGUGUGGGGCCCCGCCCGCGUCCGUGGACAGGGCGGCGAGCGGUACUUUCUGCUGGUUGUUGACGACUACACGCGUUACACCACGGUCUUCCCCUUACGCACCAAGGGUGAGGUCCCUGCUAUCUUGAUCCGUUGGAUCCGCGCUGUCCAUCUCCAGCUCCGCGAGCGGUUCCACACGGACCUUCCUGUCCUGCGUCUGCACUCUGACAAAGGUGGUGAGUUCUCCUCCGACCUCUUGCGGGCCUUCUGUCAGGGGGAGGGCAUCCUCCAGUCGUUCACGCUUCCGGCCUCCCCGCAGCAGAAUGGGGUUGCUAAGCGCCGCAUUGGCUUAGUCAUGGAGAUCGCUCGUACCUCCAUGAUCCAUGCGGCUGCUCCCCAUUUUCUGUGGUCGUUUGCGGUCCGGUACACUGCGCAUCAGCUCAACCUCUGGCCCGGUGUCUCCUUGCCGAAGACCUCGCCCACACUGCGUUGGACGGGGGAGGUUGGCGAUGCAUCACAGUUCCGAGUCUGGGGCUCUCGUGCCUUUGUCCGCGAUACCUCUGCGGACAAGCUCUCCUCCCGCGCCAUUCCCUGCGUCUUCCUUGGCUUUCCCCCUGACGCGCCUGGCUGGCAGUUUUACCACCCCACCUCGUGCCGUCCCCCUCUGGUAGACCCCCUCCCCCCUCAGAAUCCUGCUCCUUUAGGUGUGUCUCAGGUAGACCCACUUCCUUUGGUUGAGCUUGUCAAGGCUACUGUUGACUCAGGCGCUGCUGGGGUUGGUCCUGCUCGAGGUGCUGCGUCUGGUGGUGCUGAGCCUGGGGGUGCUGAGCCUGGGGGUGCCGAGUCUGAGGGUGCGGAGCCUGGGGGUGCUGAGCCUAGGGGUGCUGAGCCUGGGGGGACAGAGCCUGAGCGAGCGGAGCCUGGGGGUGCUGAGCCUGGGGGUGCUGAGCCUGCGGGUGUGGAGCCUGGGGGUGCUGAGCCUGGGGGUGCUGAGCCUAAGAGUAUUGCUUCUACAGCCCUCGAGUUGCUAGCCCUGGAGGUACUGCUGGAGGUCCUGGAGGUACUAGAGGAGCUGGAGCUGUUAGUCCUGGAGGUGCUCGUACUGGAGGUACUGGAGCUGCCAGAGCUGGUGGUGCUGCCAGUAUUGGUGGUGCUGUUGGUGCUGGCACUACUAGUCCCGGAGGUGCUUGUACUGGAGGUACUGGAGGUGCUCUCUCACCACAGCAGCUGCGCGAGUGGUACGCUCAGCGCUGCCGCCUUCGGAGUGGCGCUGCUGGAGCUGGAGGCACUGCCGCUGGAGACGCUGAAGUUGGAGGUACCGGAGGAGCUGGAGCUGCUGGUCCUGGAGGUGCUCGUACUGGAGGUACUGGAGCUGCCGGGGCUGGUGGUGCUGCUGGUGCUGGAGGUGCUGGUGGUGCUGGCACUGCUGGUCCCGGAGGUGCUCGUACUGGGGGUGCUGGAACUACUAGUCCCGGAGACCCUGGAGCUGGAGGCACUUGGGCUGGAGGCGUCGGAGCUGGAGGCGCUGGCGCUGGAGGCGCUGGGGUCGGCGGCCCUAGAGCUAGAGCUCCUGGUCCUGGAGGUGCUCGUACUGGAGGUACUGGAGCUGCCGGAGCUGGUGGUGCUGCGGGCUCUAGAGCUCGAGGCGCUGGCAUGGAGGCGCUGGAGCUGGAGGCGCUGA